AUGGCAAUUGAGUCCGCUGUCUCCACUACGACCGUGAAGGUUACUGUGGACUCAAGGGGUGCUGGAGCUGGAGGUGCUUCUACUGGGGGUGCUCCUGUGAGGGGUGCAAGAGCUGGAGGUGCUGGCGCUGGAGGUGCUAGUUCGGGAGGUUCUGGAGCUCGAGGUGUUGGCACUAGUGGUGCUGGUUUUGGGGGCGCUGGAGCUGGAGGUGCUGGCACUUUAGGUGCUAGUUCUAGGGGUGCAGGAGCGGGAGGUGCUGGCACUGGAUGA